AGGAGUUAUUACAAUUCCAUUGAAACAAACAAACCAGAAACAUUUGCAUUUUUAGCCAAAAUAAUGGAACAAAAUGACACUACUACUAUAGAGAUGUCAGCCAUGGAAAUUCACAAAGUUGCUCCUCCCCCACAUAAAACCACUUUGCAAAAACUGAAAACUAGGCUUAAAGAAACUUUUUUUCCUGAUGACCCUUUGAGACAAUUCAAAGGACAGCCAUUGAAAAAGAAACUAAUUCUUGGAGCUCAGUAUGUUUUUCCCAUAUUAGAAUGGGGUCCUAAUUACAGUUUCAAAUUGCUCAAAUCUGAUAUUGUUUCUGGUCUCACCAUUGCCAGUUUAGCCAUUCCUCAGGGAAUUAGCUAUGCAAAGCUAGCUAAUUUACCUCCCAUUGUUGGUCUAUAUUCAAGUUUUGUUCCACCCCUAGUGUAUGCUGUACUAGGAAGUUCAAGGGAUCUAGCAGUAGGUCCAGUUUCAAUUGCAUCACUUGUUCUUGGAUCAAUGCUUAGAGAAGUGGUUUCUCCUACAAAAGAUCCAAUCUUGUUUCUUCAACUUGCCUUCUCUUCUACUUUCUUUGCGGGCCUUUUCCAAGCUUCUUUAGGCUUUUUAAGACUUGGGUUUAUAAUUGAUUUUCUUUCAAAAGCAACACUGAUUGGAUUCAUGGCUGGAGCUGCCAUUAUAGUGUCAUUACAGCAACUCAAGAGUCUUCUUGGUAUUACAAAUUUUACCAAACAAAUGGGAAUAAUCCCUGUUCUAAGUUCCGUUUUCCACAGGACAAAUGAGUGGUCUUGGCAAACAAUAUUAAUGGGAGUUUGCUUCUUGGUUUUCCUCUUAUUCACUAGACACAUAAGCAUAAGAAAGCCAAAAUUAUUUUGGAUUUCAGCUGGAGCUCCUCUUCUUUCAGUGAUUAUUUCUACGCUGCUGGUAUUUGCACUAAAAGCUCAGAAGCAUGGCAUCAGUGUUAUUGGAGAACUACAAAAAGGAUUAAACCCUGUCUCAUGGAACAUGUUACACUUCCAUGGAAGAUACUUGGGGCUUAUAAUUAAAACAGGCAUUGUCACUGGCAUCCUUUCACUCACUGUAAGUUUAUUCCAACAACUCUCUUUUUGUGCUUUUAACUCCACGUUGUCACACACACUCUUUGUUGGAUCCGUGGUUAUCCUGUAUUUGUAAAUAAUAAUUCUGGAA